UACAAAUAUGUGACAUACUAAAUCUAAAAAAAAAACCAUCAUGGGAAGGUCUCCUUGCUGUGAUGAGACUGGUCUAAAAAAAGGUCCAUGGACUGAUGAAGAAGAUGACAUACUCAUAAAAUACAUAAAUAAACAUGGCCAUAGCAGUUGGAGAGCCCUUCCUCGACUUGCAGGUCUAAAUCGAUGUGGGAAGAGUUGUAGAUUGCGAUGGACAAACUAUUUAAGACCGGAUAUCAAAAGAGGAAAGUUCUCUACUGAAGAAGAGCAAACAAUCCUUCACCUUCACUCGAUACUUGGAAAUAAAUGGUCAGCAAUCGCAACUCAUUUACCUGGAAGAACAGAUAACGAGAUCAAGAACUACUGGAACACACAUUUGAAAAAGAAGUUGAUUCACAUGGGUAUCGAUCCAACAACGCAUCGUCCAUGCACAGAUAUCUUUGCCAGCCUUCCUCAUCUCCUAGUUUUGGCUACCCUUAGGGAGCUAGUAGACCACCAUUCUUCGUUCUCUUUGGACCAACAACUCUCCAUGAUAUCAAACCUAAAAACAGAACAAGCGGUUCGCCCAAUUUCUAACCUUGAUCAGUACUUCCCUACACGAAAAACUGGUUUUACAAACGUUCUAGAUCCGAUAAUAAACAAAUUAAACGUUGGUGGAAGCAGCCUUCUUCAGCCAGCUCCACCACUUCUACUUUUACAAUCUGGCCUCAUGAAUCGGCCACCAAAUGUUAAUAACGCUGACUACGUCAAUCUAUAUGGAUCCUUGUCUACAAGCGGAAUAUCAAAUCUUGAUGAUCAAAUGAACCUACCAUUUUCUCACUUGCCCGACUUGCAGCUACACGAAAAUUUCUUGUCGAAUAAUGGAUGGCUAACAAACCCAAGUUCUUCAUCGGCUGUGUUUUUGGGUUCUGCUCCAUCACCGACAAAAUAUACUAGUGAUGACGCGUGUAGCACUACUACUAACUCCGGUGGUGGAGGAGGAGCUCCGCCGAACUUUUGGCCAGAAGUGCUCCUUGAAGACCCUUUAUUUCACGAUAUACUAUAAGUAUAUAUUUAUUGAGUGAGAUGUAUAUAUUAUGUACGUGUGAGUGCAUAUGGUUUGAAGUUUCACCGCUCUUUAAUCAUUAGAUCAA